AGGGAGGUUUUUGUCCUCUCUGUUCGUACCCGCUCUCCUCGCUUCAUUUCUUCCAUCGCUUCCUAUUAUUCUUGCUCCUCUUUUUUUCUUUUCUUUCCGAGAUGGGAUGUGGAAAUUCCUCCCCAACCAAACACAUGACUAACAGCAGCAGCAGCAGCAAGAGUACUGGAGGUCCUGCUGAGUUUUCAUCAAAGCUAUCAGACGAGCUGGUGCCAGAAGACGACAAACGGAAGAACUAUGGAGGUGUGUAUGUGGGGUUGCCUACAGACCUGAGCAGCAUCCCCCAAGUCCAGAUUGGUGCUCUUAGAGAGCCACAGAGAGACUCGCUCUCCCUCAGGAAGCCGCUGUGGGGGGACUGACUCUGGCUUUAAUGAAGAGCCAGGCCUGUGCAUGCUUCAGUGUGUGCAAAGGAAGAAUGACACAGCAAGAGGGAGUUUGUCGAGUGAGGAAAAAAGAAACCCUGCAGGCGUCCAUCAGCUCCUCUGUGUUGUCAUCAGGAACCCAUCGAGUGUCCGCUGAGCAGCAGCAGCAGCACCCAGCAGAGCCAAUUUCAUAUCUCAGCGUCCCCUCAGAGGGCUUUAAUAGGAUCAUCUCCACCUGGUUUAGACAACUGCAGCGACCCCAGAUAAACUGGUUAGAGAGUCUGCAAGCAAAUCGGUCACACUCUGCUGCUCCAGUGGCGUAAGGCUGCAUGCUGAUUGGUUGCUGCCAGCAGCGACCAAGAUUUGUACAGUUUGGUGAAUAUUAUGGCAGAGCUCCUCUGAUGGAUGAAACGUGAAGUUAUUAGGUAGGGGAAUGUGUUUUUGUAUUGUAAACAAAUGUCCUGAAAAUACCCAAACUGAUGGUGUGUCCUGAUGGCAUCACAUCAAACUCCAACAGCUGGUAAGAAGACUGCGAGGUUUCAACAGACUGUUCCAGCAGCUCAAGCCAUAAAAGCUAAAAACUGCCUCUCCAAGUAUUAAAUUAUGCUUCUGCAGUUUGGAUUUGGAGCACUCCUUCAAAACUCUUUGGAUCUGAAUGAUUCGCACGAGAUUAAACUGUUCGCAGGACACGAUCUGCAGCUUACAGCUCAGUCACAGAGCAAAAAUAGGACGGCAACCUUCUUGCAACUAGGAAAAAGUGGUGGUUGCCCAGUGAUUGCAAGUAGUUGCAGUGACAAACUGGUUGCCCAGAGGCUGAGGCUGUUCCACGCUUACAACCACUUUUGAGCGCAAUACAAUUGCACAGGUCAGCUGGCUGGAGGCAACCUGUUUCCAAACAAUUUGCAGUGCCACUCAAAUGCUUUAGAAUUGGUUUUAGUAACAAGGAAAUUAUUUCUUUUACUACAUAAACACGAUGUAGUGAUAAGUAUAAGGACGUUAGCAUCUUCGUGCAGCACAGAGGGGACAUGUAGAAUCACGAGACACAAUAAGACAGCUGAUCAAGUUGUUUCUUCCACCCGAUGCAUUUAGUAGAGGGUACAGCAGCCGUGGCAGCUGUUUGACUUGAAAUGACAACUUUAAUCUCAAAAUUUUGACUUUAUUCUCAAAAUUCACAAUUUAAUUUUUGUUUCCCAAUGUAGUCCUAAUACUGCUUCAUAGAAGCUGAUGUCAAACUGCUAUAAACCUGCAUUUUUUCCUUAUAGCCAGCAAGGGGCAGCCCCUCUAGUUGAAAAGACUUCAAACUGUAUAGAUGUCUGGGAAAAUGGCUCUACUUGUCACUUCCUUUAUGACCUCACUAAACCCUUUCCUGAUGAGUUCACGAGUCACCAAAUAAUAGCCUGACUGUAUUUUAAAAAAUUACAUUUAUUAGACUGAAAAAAAAAAAAUGAGGCAGAGUUCAGCCGGUCUACCUUGUGAUUAACAAGACGAAACAUGGCUGCCAUCUCUGCCAAUUUCACUUCAUUUUGGGGUGAAAUACUGCUGAAUGAAAUGAUACAUCUUCACUGAACUUUUUAAAAAUUAUUUUAUUAUUUUUAUUAGCACUGCUGCCUCACAGCUAGAAGGUCUGGGUUCGAUUCCUCUUGGCCCGGGCCUCUCUGUGUGGAGUUUGUAUGUUCUCCCUGUGUUU